UGCUACAAAUGCAUUUCUAAGGUACUUGAUUUUACAUAAUGCAGCUAAUUGUUCGGUUGAUCUCAUUUUUGCUACUUUUACAAGUAGAAAUAGUUGGAGGGUUUCAAGAAAAUAUCACUAAUGGCUCGUCCAAAUCUUCUUCAUUAUGGCUUAAAAGAGUGGUGAAGAAUCCACGAGCCAUUGGGUGCGGGAAUAGGCCCUGGAUUUGCGAUGAAGGGGACUUUCCUCCAAGAAUAAAGAAGCGUUGUUGCAGGAAUCGCUGUAUUGAUGUCACAUCUGAUGUGAAUAACUGUGGAUUUUGUGAAAUAAAAUGUCCGUUCACAUGGCAAUGCUGCCGAGGAAUUUGCAUCAAUACUAACAUGAGCCCUUUUCAUUGCGGAAGCUGUGUGCAUAGAUGCCAGCCUCCAAGCCUUUGUUUUAAUGGAAUGUGUGGCUAUGCUCAACCAAUGCCUCCCUGGCCGUUCCCGCCUCGGCCACCAUAUCCGUUCCCACCAAAGCCGCCUUUGCCACCAAAACCGCCCUUUCCUUGGCCACCACAUCCGUACCCGCCAAGGAUGCCUCGGCCACCGUGCUCACCCCCUCCGUGGCUUUAAUGUUGACAAUGAAGCCUUUUCUAUAAAUGGAAAACAUCAGUUGAACUCUCAAACGUCAUCGCCAUUUCUUAAGUUCAUUCUUGGCUUCUUUCUCCAGAGUUUGAUUCUUUGUUCUAUUGUUCGUAGAAGAACAUUACACUAUGGUAUCUCUGUGAAUUCUUCAUCUAAAUGUAUAACU